AUGGUCACGCCCCUGGGGAAGGCUGCACCCAAUCGGACGUCUCGCCGAGGGUCUGGACUCCCCCGCCUGGCCCAGGGCUCCCCAGGUUUCUCCCGCACCCCGUUCCGCGACCUCUCUCCGGGGCUGCGGUUCCUCCCUGGGGCCCCCCUGUGUCCCCUAGUGUUUCUGACCCCCUCAGACCCCGCCUCCCCGGACUCGUGCCUGUCCUCCGCCCGGCCGGCGGGCGGCAAGGCUCCGGGCCAGCAUGGGGGCUUCGUGGUGGCUGUCAAGCAGGAGCGCGGCGACGGUCCGCGGGCCGGCGAGAAGGGGUCCCACGAGGAGGAGCCGGUGAAGAAGCGAGGUUGGCCCAAGGGCAAGAAGCGGAAGAAGAUUCUGCCGAAUGGGCCCAAGGCACCGGUCACGGGCUAUGUGCGCUUCCUGAACGAGCGGCGCGAGCAGAUCCGCACGCGCCACCCGGACCUGCCCUUUCCCGAGAUCACCAAGAUGCUGGGCGCCGAAUGGAGCAAGCUGCAACCGGCGGAGAAGCAGCGGUACCUGGACGAAGCCGAGAGGGAGAAGCAGCAGUACAUGAAGGAGCUGCGGGCGUACCAGCAGUCGGAAGCCUACAAGAUGUGCACGGAGAAGAUCCAGGAAAAGAAGAUUAAGAAAGAGGACUCAGGCUCCGGGCUCAUGAAUACCCUCUUGAAUGGACACAAGGGUGGGGACUGCGACGGCUUCUCCACCUUCGAUGUUCCCAUCUUCACUGAAGAGUUCUUGGACCAAAACAAAGGCUUGGCUGACCCGCCACCCCCUGCCCUGCCAGGCACGGGCGAGACGCCCACGCUCAGCACCCUGGACUUCUACAUGGCCCGGCUGCACGGCGCCAUCGAGCGCGACCCCGCCCAACACGAGAAGCUCAUUGUCCGCAUCAAGGAGAUCCUGGCCCAGGUCGCCAGCGAGCACCUGUGAGGGGUGGGCUGCCCCUCGGAUCCCGGGAAGGCGCUCUAAUCACAGCCGUUUCCACACCCCACCCAGAUGGACGAGAGUCUGGGGGUCC